AUGGCUUCACCCAGAAAUAUUCUUCAAAGUAAGGGUAUAAAUAUUGAAGAGGCAUUGGAAGCGGAUGAUUAUUUUGAAGUUGAUGCCACAGAAGAAUUUGAGCGACUAGUUGAGAGUAGUAAAAGGACGAAACGAAAUGUGACAGAAAUAUCUAAUGUCAUUAAUACUAUUAUUUUUCAAGAGAAGGAUGAGGAUACAGAAAGUGAUAUUAAAUCUAUUAUCGAAUAUAUUACAGGUUCAGAAUCACAUUGGUGCAGUAAUGGUCCCGAAGUUAAUGAGUUCAGAAUGUUUCUCGCUGCGUCAUUUCAACAUGAGUGGGAUGAGUUUCAAAAAGUAAAUCCUUCCGUUUCUCUUUCACGUGCCAUGCGUACUCUACCACAAUGUUUUUCUCUUCCAUCCUUGCAAAAAACACAAUUGGAAAUGUUAACACGUCUGAGUCCUAGAAAAUUAGGUCAAAGCUUUGGUAUAGUUUUACUUCGUAUUUGGUAUGUAGAUCUCGCUGGAUGCACAUGUUCUUCAUUACGGGAGUUCCCGUUUGAUAUGAAAGCCUUAGAAGCAAUUAGGACAACAAUGGAACGCCUAUUUUCUGUUACCAACUUUGAUAAAAGUAAAAAUAGAGGACUUGUUUAUAUUUUUAGAAUACAGGGCCGAAAGGAAUAUGUGUAUGGUGAGGAAAUACUAAUAAAUUUUCGCUACAUAAGGGAUUGUGUAACGCAGCAGCGCGAAAUUAACGUAGUUGUGGAAUCCCAUAAGGAGACACUAUUUACUGAUCCUCUAUUUGUUCCCUCUUACCCAUCAGUUGUAAUGAUAGAUAAGAAUGAGUUAAAUUUUAACAAGGAAAGUCUUGCUACCGUUAAUCAUCAAUCAGAAAUCAGUUUAUGGGAUCUUAAUGACAACCUAAUUAUAGAAUCUAUUGAUAGUCUUCAGAACCUUGUUUUUUCACAAGAAAGAGCGAAAGAAGAAGGAGUUCGUGAAGGGGAUUCUUUAUAUAUAUCAAUACUUGUAGAAGUUUAUUUUGGUGGUAAGUUAUGUUGUUUACCUCAAAUGACGAAAUGGGUAUCAUGCCGUGAUGUGAUUGGUUCGAAAGAACUUACUUCUUCUUCUUCUAGUGUUAAUUGGAAGGGAGAUAAUAGGUUGAAAUUUGGUCUAUUGCUCUCAGAUGCCCCACGUGAACUUAAACUAUGUAUAACUGUUAUUGCCACAUGUGGUGAAAGAAUAAAUAGUGUAGUAUCCCUUAGCGCUGAAGAAAUUCUUCAAAUAGCAGAGGAACUUCCUUCUGUAAGAAAAAGUGAUGAGUAUCAUGUGAGUCCCAUAUUCUUUCUUGGUUCAGCUUCAUUGCAGUUUUUUGAUUAUCUUGCACGUAUGAGAAUGGGGAGAAUAGAACUGAAUCUGUGGAAUACACGAAAUAAGGCGAACCCAAUGUCUCCUUCUUUAAUGAAUUCAGAUAAAAAUAGUAUUUCUCUUUCUUUGGUCUUUCCUACAUUUACCCAUGUGGUACGUAUCCCAAGUGGCAAACCUCCAGUUCAAAAGAGACGUGAUUGGGAACAGCAGUUUUUUGAUCGUGAAUUUCAUCUCCCUGAUUCCCUACGGAAAAAUAAGAUUGAACAAUUAAAACAAGUCAAAAGAAUUCUUAGCAGUGAUCCAUUGUCGAAACUUACACCAAGUGAUGAAGUGCUCCUAUGGAAAUACCGUGAAGAACUUGUUUUACACCCUAAAGCCCUUGCAAAGUUUCUUCUUGCUGUUAAUUGGCUUCAACCUUAUGCUGUUUAUGAAGCAUAUUCUCUUAUGGAGAGAUGGGCUCUACUUCAACCAAUUGACGCUCUUGAACUUUUAGACGCACGCUAUGUUGAUAUUAAGGUGAGAGAGCAUGCUGUAAAGUUUCUUGAUAAUAUGAGUGAUUAUGAGCUUAAGGGUUGUGCUUUACAAUUAGUACAAGUUCUAAAACACGAACCUUAUCAUUAUUCAGCUUUAUCAAGAUUUUUACUUCGAAGAUCAUUACGUUCACCUCAUGUAAUUGGACACUACGUCUUUUGGUACCUUGUUUCAGAAAUGGGUAACUCAAGUAUCUGUGAACGUCAUGGGCUUCUCUUAGAGGAGCUAAUCAGACGCAUGCCAGAACGAAGAAGUUAUUUACGUCAAUUGUAUGUUACAGAUCUGUUGUUUGAAACUGCCUUACGAGUCAAGGAUGCCCAGAAAAGGAAUCGUGUUGACUGUCUUAGAGAACACCUCAAAAGCUUACGCUUACCAUCUCGUUUUACUCUCGCAUUACAUCCGUCAAUGGAGUGUAGUGGACUUGAAAUUGGUAAAUGUAAUGUCAUGGACUCCAAGAAAUUUCCCCUUUGGCUUGUAUUUCGUAAUUAUCAAAAGGAAGAAGAACCUUUUUAUGCUAUUUUUAAGGUUGGAGAUGAUUUAAGACAAGAUUUAUUGACUCUUCAGCUUUUGGAACUGAUGGAUUCUCUCUGGAAGUCCUGUGGGUUACAUCUCCACAUUAUUCCUUAUGGUUGUGUUGCUACUGGUGCAGGUGUUGGGAUGAUAGAAGUCGUACUUAAUAGCGAUACUAUAGCUAACAUAACUCGCAAAGAUGGUGGUGCACAAGCCGCCUUUAGUGAAGAGCCAUUAAUGAAUUGGCUAAGACAUUUUAACCGAGAAAGGCAGGAUGUAGAAAGAUGUCUAUGGAAUUUUCUUUAUAGUGUUGCAGGAUACACUGUGGCUACCUACGUCUUGGGUAUUGGUGACCGUCACAAUGACAAUAUUAUGCUUAGACAAGAUGGAACUCUUUUCCAUAUCGAUUUUGGUCAUUUCUUGGGAAAUUUUAAAACUAAGUUUGGUAUCAAAAGAGAAACUGCCCCUUUUAUUUUUACUCCCAUGUACGCUUACAUGUUGGGAGGCCAAAGUAGUCCUAUUUAUUUGUAUUUUGUAGAUGUGGCAUGUCAAGCAUUUAACGUAGUAAGGCGUUUUAGUAGUACAUUGAUGAUUCAUUUUUUAUUGAUGCUGUCAACGGGAAUACCAGAGUUACAAAAAGUUGAAGAUAUAGAGUGGUUGAGAAGUGUUUUGCUUAUCGGUCGCACAGAUGAGGAAGCCAAGGAACACUAUAAAAUUCAAAUAUCUCUUGCUAUCGCGAAUAUCAGAACCCUUUUUAACGAUUAUAUUCAUAUCAUGACACAUUAA